AUGACGACGACCGUGAACGAAGCAAGCGAGGCGAGCGAAGAUUCAAAAGGAGCGUCUGGAGAAGGAACAGGGCUAAUCAAGGGAGAAAUAGCAGAAAAAGAAGGUUUCAAAGAGGGUUCAAAGUUAGAAGGAUCAUACUUGGGCUUAGAGCGUGUUGAAAGGGAAGAAAUUGGAACAUCAGGUGGCAAAAUCAGUGGGACGGAAAAAGAGGAAAGGAAUGGGCCAUCAGGAGGAUCUGGAGGGAGUAUAAUGGGGGGGAAUUCUGUUUUUUCGUUUAAAAAGUCGAAACUUAAGUCGGCGUCAAUUAACCGGGAAUUUCUAAGUAAAGCGUCUCAGCCGGGCGGAGGAGGGGCAGGAACAGUGUCAGUAGGACUGAAGACAACGGGUGCAGUGGGGGGUUCAGGAAAACCGCGGCUGGCAACGAAGAUAUCAACGACAAUAUCGUCAUAUAACCUUGGUACGUUUUCAGAGGGAUUAUUCUCCAAAUCACUGGAUGGAAAGCCUGGGGGAGCAUCGGGAGGGGUAUUGGGGAGUGCAUUGGGUGGAGGGGUAGGGAGUGGAGGAGCAGUAUGGGGGAGAAACAAAAAACCGGCAGUUCGAGAAUAUACGGACGAGGAAUUGUCCUCAGUGCAUGGGAUUCGUCUAGUAAGACGAUUAUCAGCAGUGAGUGAUGAGGAUAAACCGGGAAAAUGGGAUGAAGUAUGUGGUAAUGAUACAAAGGAUGCUGCAGUGAGGUUGCUUGCAGUGGGGUUGUAUGGAGAUAUACUUGGAUGUCUCAAAUGCAUUUAA